UACUUAAUAUCAGGUUUGUAUACUUUUAGUGGUGAUUAAGAUUGAUUUGGGUUAAGGUGGGAGGGGUAAGAUUUUCCUGUGUGGUUACAUUUUUAACCUGAUGACCAGCAGCAAUCCCUAGGGGAUAAUUUGGCGCCAAGUGAAUAUCCUGUUUUCUAACACCUUUUCACCAAACGGUUACUUUGAUGAUCCUGGCAUUAAUUAGUUCAUUAGAUGCUACAAAAAUAGUGAUUUUUUUUUCCUAAUUCUAUCAUUCAUUUUACAUUAUUUAGCUGGUAUACUUUUGUAAAGAGAACUGUGUCCUCAUCAGCUGGUGCUAUUUGGAUACCCUGAAAUACAACUGCUACUAGAAAGGCAGAAUAAAUGUUUAAUUUAUUUUCUUAAGUUACUACUUUCCAGAGUAAAGAGUUGGUGUAGUAGUCACCACCAAUAGUGUGGCAAAUGAGAUUUAAAACAAAAAAAUUUUUUUUUUAAAUUUGGAUUACCCUUUUUGGGGAAAUGACUUUUUUAUGUUUAAUGUCUUCAAUCAUUUUGCAUUGUGCAGACAUUGUUAUUUUUGAUGCUCAAAUUAUUCUAAUUCUGGCCAGUGGGCGAUACUUUGAUCUGUCUCCCGUGUCCUUUUGAAAGGAUCUUGUUUUUCUAGGUUUGCGUCCUGACUUUCUGGCACAAAAUAUUCCAGUCUGUCCUUAUUCAUUCUCGCCUCCUGACCUGGCACCAGCCCUGGUACUUUUUAGAGGGAGUAGUAUUUAGAGAUCAGCAUCUGGGCGACAAGGAUAAGCAUUGCUGCUUGGCCCUGAGUUCAUAUUCCUAUUUACACCCCCAAGUUAACAAUAUAAGGUCGUUUAUUUGUGAUCAUGAACUCGUAUUACACUCUCUAUUUAAAAGGAGGAAACGGAGACCAGAGGUGCCCAAGGGUGGAUUUGAACCCGCGCACGUUACUUCCGUCGGGGAAGGGAGCCCCAGGAAUUCAGAGGGGCUUCUGCAGAAGCCGAAGAGUCCUCAGAAAAGGUGUCAGGUUGAUGAUCAGAUCUGGGGGUGUGGAAACCAGCAGGUGGGGGGAACAGACCCGUCCCGACCGACUCCUUUGACAGGGAAGGGCAGGACGGGGCGAAUUACUGGGUGAGGGGGGAACCGUUCCGGGCGUAGUCAACGCUGCUGUUUCGCCUCAGAUCUGACCAGAGCUCCCUAAAUCGCAGAAACCACCAAAGACCCACACGCGCGCAGUCCAAAGGGCAGAAACCAGCCGUCACAGCAACCUCAGUCAAAGCCCACCCACUGGACCUGACCCGCUGCCGCGUAGUACCCGCCCACCAGCCAAUCAGGGGGAGCCGCGAGCAACGGGGUGGGACAUCAGAGCAGCGUGUUCAAUGAGGAAUCAGCCUGGGUUUGCCUCAGGACAAAGAGUUUCAAAGUCUCAGCGGAGGAGAUAGUGAGGCUUGGCCAAUCAAAGGGGGCGACUCACGUCGAUGGGUGCUGCCAGCCAAUCAGAAGAGCGCUGGCUCUCGACUGGCCCGGCCCACGCUUCCCACCGGUCCUCUAACCCCGAGGCGCCGGUGCGGCUGUCACUGGGCCGCGCUCGCAGUCCGCUCCUCACACCUGUGCUACAGACCCCAGGGCUGUGCGGGACAUGGCGAACUCGAACUUCGAGGACGGCCGAGGCCAGGAGGAGGAGACUUUUUUGUACUUCGCCUACGGCAGCAACCUGCUGACGGAGAGGAUCCACCUCCGAAACCCCUCGGCCGCGUUCUGCUGCGUGGCCCGCCUGAAGGAUUUUAAACUUGACUUUGGCAAUUCCCAAGGCAAAACAAGUCCAACUUGGCAUGGAGGUAUAGCCACCAUUUUUCAAAGUCCUGGCGAUGAAGUGUGGGGAAUAGUAUGGAAAAUGAACAAAAGCAAUUUAAAUUCUCUGGAUGAAUGGAGAAAGACAAGUCACACUGCCUUUCAGAAUCAGGGAAACCACUCCUGCAAGCACAAGACAAGAACGUGGGAUAGAGACCCCGACAUCCCUUCUCAGAAACCCAAACUAGGUACUUGUCAGGCCCAAUCAGGACAUGGCACCUAUAUUGGGUUAUUUGCAUGGGUGCAAAAGAAAAUGGUUUGCCACUGGAGUACCAAGAGAAGUUAA